GUGCAUUUUGGGAUAGAAAAAAAUUAAACAAGGCUAACGGAAUGGAGGGAAAGUGGUCUGCAAAUACUUAAUCAAAUGUUUCUUAGGCUAUGUCUGAUAGAAACCGCUGGGAGUAUAAAAGAAGACCAGUUUUGUCUGAUUCCAGAAAAGAUUAUUCAGGACCUCACCAUGAUAAGAGUCAUCGAAGUUACUACGAGUACAGAAACGACCGUAAACGAGAUCGGUAUUCCGAGAGUCGACAGCGUAGUCACUCUAACGAUAGUCAGCAUAGCAAUGAUAGUCGUUAUAAUUCCAGUCGUGAUGAAAGAACAAAUUAUAAAAGUCAGCACUAUGAUGAAAGAAGUCAUAGGAGUGAGAAAAGCUACUCUGGUCAACAUAGACCCCGUGAAAGCUCAUCUGGAAGCAGUUACGGUUCUCCAUAUUCCACACCUCCUGCCCCUCCUCCAAUUUCUCAUCAGCAUGGUUUGUCUAAUACACAUGGAUUGCAAGGACAUUAUAAUAGUACCUUUACAGAAGGUAAAGUCAAUGCGAAUCCUAUAAGAAGGACUUCUGACCCCCGAAAACCAAGUGUUACUCAGAAAGACGAGUCCAGACAGAACUUUAAACUCCUAAUAGAUCCUUGCAUUAAAAAAGGAUAUUCAACUAAAAUAAUACGGUAUAAUGGAAUGUUGAAUGGGCAGCCUGCAGUUGUGCCAAAAGAUCCACGCAAACAUAAUAAAAUUUGGAGCAUGGAAGUCUGUGACUUACCACUGCCAGAAUUUAAGCUUGACAAGAAUUAUGUUGGAUCCAUGCCACGAGAUACUAUUCGUUUUUCUGGUUUAAAUGAUAAUAUUGAUCGCAAAUUUCUUUAUGAACUCUGUGAAUCAUAUGGUGACAUUAAGGAAUACAAAGUUUACUUUGAUCCAAAAUCAAAUAGUCAUAUGGGCACAGGUAAAGUUAUUUUUGACACAAAUACAUCCACUGAGAAAGUUGUGGCGUCAUUAAACGGCAGAAGCGUGAUGGGAAAAGUGAUUUCUGUUUGGAUUGAUGAAAAACCACCUCCUGGUCAUGCAAUACUUAAGCAGUUGGAGUUGGAAUGUGAAAAAUCUCGUCCAAAACAACAAAUGUCUCUUUACAAUCUUCAUACAACUCCACACACACCGACUCCAAGGACUCCAAAUAUAAGCUCAUUACAAAGGACCCAACCUAUUGCAGCCUACAGUUUAAAUGAUAGUAUUUAUCCAACCAAAAAAUUAUUAUCAACGUUUCAUGAUAAACCACAUAGCUCUUCCGCACAUGGUUCUGUCAAUGCAAUCGAUUGCCCACCACCACCUCCUCCUCCUGGUCAAAAGAGUAAAAUUAUUCCAUGUGCUACUCCACCGCCACCACCACCUUUAAUGAACUUUGAAAAUAUAUCCCCAACUGGUAUAGACAGUAGCUAUAUAAACAAAAUCGUCCCGCCUAUUUUGUUGUUAAAGCAACAAGAUGAAAGGGCACGUAGCCCCAUUGGAAGGACUAAGGGUCUAGUGGACAGAAUCACCUAUAGUCCUGUCUCCAAUUCUGAUCGAUCAAUUUCUCCCAUUAGUCCAGCAAUAAAAGACAUUACCCCGACUAACAGCAAAAGUACCAAGUUUAAUAAAUACGAAAAUGUGUCUGAUACUGAGAAUAGCUCUCUUCAAGUUGAAGAUAUAUCUCCUGCAGGUUCACCUGAAAAUCAGUCUAAACGGACUAAUGAUGCUGACGAUGAUGAUGCUAUGUCAAUGUCUUCAAUCAGUUCAAAUGAAAGUCCAAAAGUAGAACUUAAUGUAAAAAGCAUUCAAGCACAUAAAAACUCACUUCAUGCAACAAGUUCUGUUUCAAGCAAUUCCAGUGUAUAUAAUUUUAAUCAGUGUAUUGUGAACAUGUUUCCCUAUAACAACAGUGUGUCAACUCGGCCACCAACAUUUUUUAAUUCUCCUGGACCAGUGCUUGCUCCACAGCCUAUUCUUGCGCCACCAGGACCUAUUCCACCUCAGCAAAGACAAGCGUUACCACAACAGCAAAAUAUAACUCAGUCUUCUCAACAUUCGCCUGGAAUGAUGAAUUGGCAACAAACAAUGCAUCAAAGAAUGUAUCAACCACAAGUUUUUCAAACUAAUAACGCACCGUUACACAUUAAUAAUUCUCAGAUGAAAUCAAACAUGCCUUCUGUUAAGGUAAACCAAAAUGUAAGUUCCAAUAAUACGGUUAAUGUUAAUGCCGGAAAUACAGGACCUAUAAUGCCACAAAUGCUUCAUCAACCAUUUAAUCAAAGACAUACAGAAAUAAUACGCAACGCUGUGUAUGGAAGUCAAAAUAUCCCUAAAAUUGGAGCUUCAUUCCAACCAAACACAUUUCUCUCUGCCAGUCAAAACCAGCCACCAAUUGCAUUUUCUUCUGCUGGUCAAAACGAGCCAACAGUUCAACAACAACCUUCUGUCACAAAAACUUUACCAUUUUCAUUUCAAGUUAAAGCAGGCUGUGCUAGAGACUUAAGUUUAGAAUUAAAAAGGAUAUUAAGCAAAGAUACUUUAAAACGAUUAGUCGAGCAAUCUGCCUUUCCAGCGUUUGAAAACUGGUGGGGAAAACAUAAAAUCUCAAAUACUGACAUAAAAGCAGAAAAAGUGGAAAUUGAAUCAUCAAGAAAGUUGCUGUCAGAUAAAACAGCGAAUAUUAAUACGACACCUUUAGCUCCACCACCUGUGAAAGACUCGAAAGGGACAACAUCAGCUUUACUGCAGAGUUUGUUUGGGCAUGAAAAGAAUAAUGAAAACAGACCUCCGAGUUCAGCAAACUUUUUGAAUUCAUUUCGUAUUAGUCGUAAACCUCAGGCGCAGCCAUCAAUGAAAGUUAGUCACAUGUCACGCAAACGUAGACCGUGGCCAUCUUUAAAUCGCAAAAACAAGCUCUUACGUUUGGAGGAUAGUGAUGAUGAAGAUGAAGAUACUGAUGGAAAUAAGGAUGGUGAUAUUGACGAAGACCAAUUUGAACAAUUUGCUCUGCGUCAAAGACAAGUUCGAAAGAGUGGUUCGUCUCUGUACCAAAAGAUUUAUUCUGACGAAAGUGAUGAUGAAAAGGAGGAGCAUACUGAAGAUGAGGAUGAGCAAGAUGAGCUUGAUCAAGAUGAGCUUUCUUCAGACUCCUCUGUGGUUGAAUCAUCGUCGUCGGAAACGUCAAGCUCUGAAACAGAAACAGACGAAGAAUCGGAAUCUGAAGAAGACGAAAUACUGCAAGAGGGAAAAGAAACAGCUGAAAAAGUACUCGCACCGGAUGCAGUUUCCACUGUUGAACAACUAUCAGAUGAGAUGCUUUCACAAGAUGAUACUGAAUCAGAAGUGAAAUUUCGCAGUAUGUAUGACGAGCCGCGAAAACGAGCAGCAGUACAAAAGGCGAAAGAAAAAAUGAAAUUUUCACUUCCCAAAGCCAAAAACUUACUACCCAAGACAUCUCGUCCUCCACGCAAGAGAGUUAAAAAAGAGGUACCGAUUGUCGAAAAGUCAGACUCUGAAACAGACACUGCUGAUGAGCUGGAGGAGGACUAUGUCGAGCACGAGCAUAACAUAACGAUUGACGAGAGCCUAAAACGUGCUGCGCAUGUAGAGGUUGAAGAGGAAGAAAAAGCAGAAAACAAAGAACCUACAGAAGAAGAGCUUAUUAAUAAUCUGAUAAUGUUAGAGCACAACUACUUCGUACCGUUACCUCCAAGAGAAAUGAAGAAAGUUAAGUUAAACACUCUUGGAGAGAAAACAUUUAAUGAAAUUAUCGAGGAUAGUUGUAAUUUGAAGCCACUUUUCUCGAUGAGGAAUAAAGCUGAUGACAAUAAAAUUAUAUGGGAUAUUCUUCAAAAAGGAGUUGAUGCUGAGGACUUAAAUUACAUCAAAGAAGCAUUCGAAAGUUUGCAACAAGUUGGCUCGAAAGACGUAGAAGGAAUUACGUGGGUGGACCAUCCAAUUUCACAUUCAUCACCUGUUAAGUUAAAACGUACCAAGAGUGAAUCAAGGUUGCGGGUGAACAAUACAGGUUGUGCUAGAUCGGAAGGCUUUUACCGGAUACCAAUGCUGGAGAAAGCGCAGUACCUUAAAUCAGCUCUACGCCAGUUAAGCGUUCUUCAACAAAAGGGGACAAAGCCGACCACACCUCGGCAGGCUGGUGCUGAACACAAAAUCAAGUCUCGCGAAAAUCGCGCCAUGCAGCGUCGCCUGGCUUCGUCCAUAGCACAGGAAGAGUUUGGAAGUUUGAUCAAUUAUAAUCAAACUUUGAAGAUGAGAAAGAAAGCCCUGCGAUUUGCAAAAUCAUCAAUCCAUAAUUGGGGUUUAUUUGCUUGCGAACCUAUCGCAGCUGAAGAGUUUGUUUGCGAAUAUGUUGGUCAAAUGAUACGAGCGAUUGUAGCGGAAGUAAGAGAGCGUCGAUACGAGCGGUCUGGUAUUGGCAGUAGUUACUUGUUUCGCUUGGAUAUGGACAGUGUCAUCGAUGCUACCAAAAAUGGUUGCAAUGCCAGAUUUAUCAACCACUCCUGUCAGCCAAACUGUUAUGCUAAAGUCAUCCUUGUUGAAGGAGCCAAGAAAAUCGUCAUUUACUCGAAACGAGAUAUAAAACUAGCGGAAGAAAUAACUUACGAUUAUAAAUUUCCAUUGGAGGAUGAGAAGAUUCCGUGUCUUUGUGGCGCUCCUGGCUGUAGAGGUUCACUGAACUGAAAAAAUAUAUCAAGAUGGAUAUCUGAUGAUUCCUAUCUAUUGUCGUGUUUUUGUUACACAUUAUUUAAUGUUCGCGUUAUAUGAAUAUCAGUAAUUGGUGUUCGAACUUAAUGUUAACAUGUUUUGUGAAAGAUGUGUAAAUAUGGAAUGUCUUUCUAAUAAAUUUUAUACUUGCAA